AUGUUUCCGUUGCUGCUUGCAGCAUAAGAAACGGAAACUUGCGAUUAAGUUCUUUCAUAAUACAGCUCAAUAUACCUGAUGCGUAUACGGCCGGUAUACCUGACGAACGACCCAUCUCCCAAACAAGAGCGACCAUUGUUGCUGGAAGCAGCUAACAAUUGAUCGCGGAUAUAUCCAUCGGAAUUGCCUGCGCCGGCGCCGGCGCCGAUGUCGUCCUCUUCAAGGUGGACGUUUGCCCCGCCGUGUCACCAACCAACCAGCUUGUCAGCACAAUGGAACAAUGCCAGCGACGUCACCAAGGCUGUUAUCUUGUCCGGAGCGACGGCGACCGUAGCGCUGGCGUCGAUGAUCCUGUGUGAUGUGGCGUGGAGGAAAUAUGACCGGCGCCGGCGGCGCAAGGCAAGCCUCACGACGUUCGGACGGGAUAUGACGGCCACUGCCGGCGAGGGCGACCCAGUGGUCGGCCGUGACGACGAGAUCGACCGCGUCGUCCGCAUCCUCUGCCGCAGGACCAAGAACUGCGCCGCGCUCGUCGGAGCAGCGGGCGUCGGUAAGACGGCCAUCGCCGAGGGUCUCGCUCAGCGUGUUGCCGCCGGUAAGGUUCCUGCGCCGCUUGUCGGAGCGCGGGUCAUAGAGCUUAACGUCGCUGGCUUGGUAGCGGGGACCGUCUGGCGCGGCAUGUUCGAGGAGCGCAUGAAGAACGUGAUACAGCAGGCGGAGGAAGCCAAAGGCAAGGUGAUACUGUUCAUCAACGAGAUGCACAUGCUUCUCGGUGCCGGCAGGUGCGAGGGCGGCCGCGUUGAUGCCGCCAACAUGCUGAAGCCGGCGCUGGCCCGUGGGCGCAUCCGCUGCGUCGGCGCCACCACGUUAGACGAGUACAGCCAGCACAUCGACAAGGAUGCCGCGCUCGAGCGUCGGUUCCAGAAGGUGCAUGUGGAUGAGCCGAGCGAGCAGGCGACCGUUGGCAUCCUCAGGGGUCUAAAGAAGCGUUUCGAAGAGCACCAUGGCAUCAAAAUUCAGGAUGCUGCAGUUGUUGCUGCGGCGCAGCUCGCUGGCCGCUAUGUCACCGGCCGACAAUUUCCUGAUAAGGCAAUUGAUCUAAUUGAUGAAGCUUGCACAACAACGAAAGGAGGACAAGCAAUUGUUAGCCCGGAUCAUGUCGCAGAGGUCGUGAGCCGAUGGACUGGAAUUCCUGUCGCGGCACUUGAUUCGGAUGAGACGGAAAAGCUAAUCCAUCUUGCAGAUAGAUUGCACGAACGAGUUGUUGGUCAGAAUCAAGCUGUCAAAUUAGUUGUGCAAGCAGUGUUACGUUCGAGGGCAGGUCUUGAUCCACCUGGACAACCAAUAGGUUCUUUCCUUUUCUUGGGCUCGACCGGGGUUGGAAAGACAGAGCUUGCAAAAGCUCUAGCCGAACAGUUGUUUGACAAUGAAAAGAUGUUGCUUCGAUUUGAUAUGUCGGAAUACGUCAAUUCUGGAUCUGUGAUGCGCCUCAUUGGAGCACCCCCAAGUUAUCAUGGUUACCAUGAUGGUGGACAAUUGACUGAGAAAGUCCGGAGCCGUCCAUACUGUGUCAUCCUCUUUGAUGAAGUGGAGAAGGCCGAUCCCUCGGUAUUAAAUGUAUUUCUUCAGCUACUUGAUGAUGGUGUCUUGACUGAUGGCAAAGGUCGUAAGGUAGAUUUCAAGAACACGGUCAUCAUUAUGACCUCAAAUCUAGGUGCAGAGCACCAAAUUGCAGGAAUUCGGGGUGAAAACACAAUGAAAGAUGCACGAGACCUUCUAAUGAAAAAGGUACAUCAAUAUUUCAAGCCAGAGCUUCUGAACAGGUUAAGCCAGAUUGUUGUGUUUGACCCACUUUCGCAUGAUCAACUAAUGGAGGUUGUGAAAAUCCAAAUGAAGAGCGCCACCACCAGAGUAGCAAAAAAGGGCAUAUCUUUAUCUGUGAGUGACGGCGCAUUGGACGUCAUUUUGUCGGAGUCAUACAACCCAAUGUAUGGUGCAAGGCCCAUAAGAAGCUGGGUACAGAAUAAUGUGAUGACGGUGAUCUCGGAGAUGCUUGUCAAAAAGGAAGCUAGCAAGGGCUCGACAAUCUUCAUCGAUGUUGCAGACAACAAGAAGGGCCUGAAGUAUGAUGUGGUGAAUGAGGAGGUAGCCGAUGCACGUGAGGUGUCAACUCCCACGGUGAUGAUUUGAUCGUCGAUAGUCCCGCGGUGAUAACGUCCACAACUCCAGCGCUUUACAGAAGAUUGUAUUCUCGUUUCGGUUUUGCUCUGAAAUAGUAGGUUCUUCUCUGAAAUAGUAGUUCCUUGUUGCUCCCUGUGACUUACUUAGUUGGAGAAGUCGAUUACCAUUA